UUUCUACCGAAUAGCAUCAUGGAUAAUGAGAAAAUGGGGAGAGUGCCUGUGCCGAGAUCGGACAGUGUGAGAGUGGCCGUCCGGGUGCGGCCGUUCAGCCAGAGAGAAAAGAACUCUGGAAGCCAGUGUGUGAUCUCCAUGCAUUCCGGAAGCGUCACCAUCCGAGACCCUAAGAACGAAGAGCGUGUGAAGACCUUCACCUUUGACCUGACAUAUUGGUCUCACGAUGGCUUUCAAAAGGAUGAAGAUGGUGUCCUUAUUCCAUCUGAUCCAGCUAGUAAAUUCGCAGGCCAGAGCGAUGUCUUCCAUGAUAUCGGAAGGGGAAUUCUAGACAGUGCCUGGCGAGGCUACAACGCUACUCUCCUGGCCUAUGGCCAGACAGGCUCUGGAAAAAGCUACUCCAUGACUGGCUUUGGCACAGACAAGGGUCUUAUCCCAAGAGUGUGUGAAGAGCUCUUCCAAACUAUUGAGAAGCAAAAGGGAAAUCUAGAACCCCAGGUUAUGUUUAGCAUGCUGGAAAUCUACAAUGAACAGAUCAGGGAUUUGCUGUCUAGAACCAAAGCUCCCGGAGGGUUAAGAGUCAGGGAGGAUCAACAGCUGGGGUUUUUUGUGGAAGGUCUGAAGUGGGUGCCUUGUGAGAAUUAUGCACAAAUUGAAAAGCUGGUGGAGCAAGGAUCAAAAAUCAGGAUGACAGCGUCCACCAACAUGAACGCCAGCAGCAGCCGAUCCCACAUGCUAAUCGCCAUCCAGUUCAAGCAGGUUUUCCUGGACACAGCUCUCACCAAACAGUCCAGCAUCAACAUGGUAGACUUGGCGGGAAGCGAGAGGCAGAGGUCAUCAGGGUCUGAAGGAGACCGUCUGAGGGAAGGAUCGAGGGUCAAUUUAAGCCUAACCAGUUUAGGGAACGUCAUCAGUGCUCUGGCCGACUUAGCCAUGGGGAAGAAAGUUCUGCAUAUCCCCUACAGGGAUUCCGUUCUGACCAAACUGCUCCAGUCAGCCCUGGGCGGAAACAGCCGGACAACACUGAUUGCAGCCCUAAGUCCAGCUGACAUCUGUUAUGAGGAGACCUUGUCGACGCUGAGAUAUGCCGAGAGGGCUAAGAAGGUUCGCAACAGAGUGGUGAUCAACACCUGUCCACUGGAGAGAGCGUCCAGGGCCGAGAACUCACUGCUACUUGGAUUCAGGGGCGCUGGAGCAGCAGAGCACCCAGCCUGUUUCUGGGCAGAACAGCAGCUGGGGAAUCAGGGGACCUGGGCCCAGCUGCUGGAGCAGGCACGGAGGGAGUGGGAGGAGCAGUAUGAGGCACUCACACAGGAGCAGCAGAUGGUAAGGAUUCUCCCGCACCUCCUCAACGUCAAUGAAGACCCACAGCUCACGGGGGUCCUCAAGUUCUUCAUUCACAAUGGCUCCUGUGAUGUUGGUCGAGCUGCCUCAAACGCCAUCUGCCUUCAAGGCCUGGGAAUUUCAGAUAAACAUGCUUCCUUCGUGAAUUUGGAUGGUAAAGUGACAGUCGCACCACACAGCAAGUGCAAAGUCAUUGUUAAUGGGGUACCAGUCACCAGCAGGACAAAGCUGCAGCAUUUGGACCGCAUCAUCCUGGGGUCCAACAGUGCCUUCCUCUACAUCGGGUUUCCCUCUGAGCGAGGUGCUGAAGACCUGAGCAGAUUCGACUAUGACUUUUUCCAGCUGGAGCGGGUGGCAGCUGAGGGCGUGAGUGUGGCCACGCUUGGUUGUGUCAGCCCUGGAGAUGACCAAGCCGACCCCAGCAUCUUAGCUGUGUUCCAGGACUACGUCAAACUCAUGCCGCUGGUUGUGGAAGCCAAUCAGAUGAGCGAAGAGUUGAAGAAGGGGCUUACAAUGGAAUUGAAGGUGAAGAAUUUAGCAUCGUCAGAUUCCAGGGGCUAUGACCUCCAGAAAGAGGUCAUGGUGAAGGUGACCAAACAAGGAACUCACGAGGUAUGGAUUUGGUCAAAAGCCAAGUUCAUCAAUAGGAAAUUCUUGAUGGAGGAACUUUACCAGCGUUUUCUAGAGAGCAGAGACAGCCACGUAGCUCAGGAAGAUGACCCUUUCUGGGAUCCCCUGGAGGUUGUUCACUUGGGCUCAGCACACGUCUGGCUGCAGUCCCUGGCUCACUGCAUGAUGCUGGAGGAGCAGGUGGAGUUUCUGAACUGUGACGGGCUGGAGGAGGCAGUGCUACACAUUCGAAUCACGCCCUGCUCCCGGGAAGGAUGGGCAUAUGGUGAGGAAGACAUGGUUAUUGACCCUCUGGAGCUGUUGGGCAAGAGGAUUGACUUCCAGGUUCACAUCGUCCGGUGCCUUGGUGUCAAAUGGCUAAAGGAAGAUGCAAGCCGGGGCAUUCAGAUCGGGUACAAGAUUUAUGAUCUUCCAAAUACUUUGUACACCAAACCUGUAUGGAAAAGUGUGAAUCCCAGAAUUGAAGAGACUGUCCACUUUGCAGCCUUGGGUGCAUCCCGAGAGUUUCUGGAUUACUUACUGACCAAUGCCCUCAUUGUCGAUUUGUGGGGCCUCCAAGAAGGCUGUGCCCACUUGGGCGUCUCUCAGCUGGAUGUACUGCUCACGGGUGAAGGCCACAUCAUGGUAGACACCAAGACAUUUUCCAGUGUGAAGGAUAUCACGGCAAACCAGGUGCCAGAGCUUUAUCAGAAGCUGCUCAAGUUAGAGCAGGAGACGGAGCUGCUAAGAGAUGUUAACAGGGCUCUCAGAGGUGAAAACGUGUUUCUCAAGGCUUCACUGGAAAACGCUGGUUCUGCUCCACAGGGUGAGAGACGGUACCGUAAGCUGGAUAAUCCAGAAGGAGCUACAAGGACAGCUGCUAGAGAGGCUAAGCAAGCGUGUGCCCAGCAGGCCAGCUCUGAUGCCCAGCUGGCCAGAGCCUUGAAGGUGUUCUAUGGAGGCAUGGGUGUGGCCAGAGGACAGCUCCUUAGAUUGAGGAGAUGCAGACCUCCCGAAGAUGAUCAAAUGCUUCGGCCAUUUGUGCAUCAGCAGUUGCAGAUGCUAAAGGACUUGGAGGGCACGCUUGAGUCCAGUUUACACAAGUUAAAAGCCGACGUUGCUUUCAUAGUGAAGAGGAAGAAAGAGUAUCUACUGCCCAGCCAACAGUGA